CAAUUUUCUAGUAGGACACGAAUGGCGGAAGAAUUUUUGUUUUGAGCUGUCGAAGAUGUCAGGGCUUUCAGAAACAGAACGUGAUGGAUGUACAAAGUUACUUAAGUCAAUGUCAAAAGACGACUUACUCUCUCUUAGCGACACGGUCACGAAUAAGCUGAUAGUUGUAGAAAAUGUUAAAGAGGCUAUGGAAACCAUUCUCUCCUUCACUAAAAAUGCUGAGGAGCUUUUGAGAAGAAGGAAAGUUCACCGCGACCUCAUAUUCAAGUACCUGGCGAAAGAGGGUGUGGCGAUGCCCCCCAACAGCGAGAAACACCAGCUGGUGAAAAGGACGCUUACGCUUUGGUCGCCUGGAAAGGCUGUGGUUGACAAAAGACAAGAGAUGGAUGAAACCAGACAGAGACCACCCACAAAGACGGACACAGAGGCUGAGAUGGGCUUUGACCCACUGGUCCUUGGCCAGCAGUUUUGCCAAUGGUUCUUCCAACUCUUAAACAGUCAGAACCCCUCGCUGGGCCAGCAACCUCAGGACUGGGGACCACAACACUUCUGGCCUGAUGUAAAGCUAUACCUCCUCUCCAGAGCUGGCAGCGAACAGAAAGAAGAGUUCAUUGGAGCAGAACUGGUCAACCUGCGUCUACUGGCCCUGACCAGGGAAGAACAUCUUUUCCUCAGUCCCAACCUGGAACCUCAUGGCCUCAAGGUCCUGGUCUCCGCCCAUGGCCUGGUACUUGUUGCUGUAGCUGGGACAAUUCACAGGGAAGCAGGCUGUCUGGGUGUCUUUGAGCAAAUAUUUGGCCUCAUACGCUCACCAUUGGAGAACAACAGCUGGAAGAUCAAGUUUAUCAACCUCAAGAUCAGAGGACAGGAUGCUUUGGCCGGGACAGAGGUGGCAGCACCUGCCUUGACUUGCAAUGCCACUGAAUUGCAGCUUCUUUGCAGUUGAUGACACACUCACUUUUACAUUAUUCACCCAGCAAAGGUUAGACUGCGUAUGCUCUCUCUCAUCUAACUUACCCAAACAUGUUUACCCUGGCAGUUGUUUUCAGAGAUUUACUGGCACAAAUCUCUCUCCUAGCCUAACUUUAAAAAUCAUGUCAGGAUAUAGAGGGAGGUGGACACUGUUGUAUCUAAAUCUACUUACAUCAUGUGAUGUAACAUAAAAACUUGACAAAACUUGAGAAAAAGUUCCCCUAAACUGCACUGCUACUUGUUGUGGAAACAUUUAGCUUCAAAUAUACAGUACCUUGAUGCAAAGCAGUUUUUUUCUUUUUGGGGGGGAUGGGGGUGGGGUG